CUGCUGCAAAUAGUGUCGCAACACAUAUGAGAACGAUAUAUGAUAGAGCAAAGCAUCAACAACACAUAGCAAGGAGUUGGGGGAAGGAAGGUUGACAAGAUGUAACAAUUUUAAACAUAAAAGCAGCAUAUAUCGCCCAAUUUAAUGCAGGGCGUCCGAGCAUCGCCUUACUGUCGAACCACUUAAAUCGUCAGCCAGAAUGGACGAGAGCAUGGACGAGGAUGGGGGUGUUGAAAUGAUGGACGACCACAACCACAAUAACUGGGAGGCCAGUGCAGAUGCUUACAGACAAAACCCCCCAAAUCCUCAUCAGCAGACCGGACACGCUGGGCAUUCUACCGAAUGUGAGGCCGAGGGCUCAGCCCAGCCAAGCAGCGGUGCACACUCAUUGACCGAGCCGGGGAAUGGAGUCGGUGAUUCUGCUGGAACUGGUGCUAGUGCUGCUGCUGCAGGAAAAGUCACUUUGAAUAUUAACAGUUCGACCUCAAAGUUUUUGAUGAAUAUUAUAACCACAGAAGACUACAAGAGCACAUAUUGGCCAAAAUUGGAAAGCGCCAUUGAGCAGCUCCUGACUCAGAACCCUCAGGACUACAUCCCGAUCUCCUAUGAGCAGAUCUAUAGCUGUGUGUACAAAUGUGUCUGUCAGCAGCAUUCUGAGCAGAUGUACAACGAUUUGAUACACAAGAUAACGGUUCACUUGCAGCAUAUCUCCCAGGAACUGGAGGCCAGUCCUCCAGACCAGUACAUUGAGAAGUUUGACACAGCCCUCGCCCAGUACAUGGGAGCAUUACAGAGCAUUGUGCCUCUAUUCAUAUACAUGAAUAAAUUUUACAUUGAAACCAAGCUGAACAGAGACCUGAAAGAGGAUCUUACAAAGCUGUUUACAGACUAUGUUGCAGAAAAGCACAUGUGCACCUUAAUGCCUUUACUUAUAGAAGCUCAUUCCACACCUUUUCAAAUAACACCGUCGACGAUGGCAAAUAUUGUGAAAGGCCUUUACACACUGAGACCAGAGUGGGCACAGCUAGCACCGACCUUGUUUUCCAAUUUUAUACCCAACAUCCUUCCACCAGCACUGGAGUCAGAGCUGUCGGUGUACGCAGCGCAGGACCAGAAACUUCAAAGGGAACUAAUGCAGAACGGAUUUACCAGGGGCGACCAGUCGCGGAAAAGGGCCGGUGAAGAGCUAGCCUACAAUGGGUCCUUGUCAUCUUGUGCCACCUCCAGGGGGUACAGAUAGGGGAGAUGUGCGAAGCUGACCUUUUCUGAACAACACGACUGGAUACUGGGAAGAAACUCAGAGCAGAGAACUGAUUGAGGCACUGGAGAGACUCCACUCACUGAGCUCAACCAGAUAGAAACAGAAAUCAGUGGUGCUGUACUCCGUUCUUUAGUGUCCUGACAACUGGGAUCCUGAUAAGACUUCUGGGCGUUUUUAGUGGAUUUCUGAGGGUUUGCAGUGACUGGUCGGUGUGGCCAGUGAUUCAUGGAUUACAAAAAUAAUAAAAUAAAACUGCAGAGAAAUCGCAGAUAACCAGCUUUCUGGAGAAAAAUAAAGACUUCUUUUUUGUUUCUUUUUUUUAUUUUGGAGUGAGGUGACUUUAACAAAAAAAAGAGAACUAAAGUAAAUUGAAAUCAACAGUACUCUUAACUUUACACCCAUACUUUCUGAAUCAUAGCCUCUGCAUUUUCUUGUAAUAAAAUGAAUGAGGAUGCUUAAAGUGCUUUGCAAGAUGAGAAUUGCAGUGAUGUUUCAAAGUUUACUAAUUUUGCCUUUUGCUGAAAAACUUUCAAUCUGUCUUUACAAGUAACACAAUGGCAUCCUCAGCGUUUUCUCCCCUUAUUGACAGUGGAAGCAGCAAUGUAUCAUGUGACUUGUGAUUUAACUUGAACCGGUUGACAAUGGAUAGAAGGCACAGAUGACCGACUGGCGACUGUAUUCAGCUUCUUAACUCUUUAGUGACCUUUUAUUCAGCUGCAACACAUCCUGCACUGAGGUUCAUUAAAACAAUUCAAUUCCAGUGUGUGUUAUGAUUUUUUUUUUUUUUUUUUUUUUUUUUUACAGAAACAUGUUAAUUUGAAAUGUUCAUGACACUGCUUUGAAAGUCCAAAGACCCUUGUCAAAGCCUGCUCGAGUUAGAAAGUGAGCGUGCGUUUCACAACAAUUGAAUGCGUUCAUUUCACCAAACUCUUCACUCUUUUGGGUGUAGCCUUGUCACUAUGGAGAAGUCGCCUCUUGAUCAAGGUUCAGAAGCAUUGCUCUAUAUAUCUUUCACAGCAAUUUAAACUGAGAGCAUUCCGUCUGUGCUGUACAGACUGGCUUGGAAGUAUUCCAAUAAUUCAGUCAUGCAUUACAGAACCCCCUGCAGUGUUUACAAGAAAAGCAUUACAUUACUUUUUACUUUGUUUACAUCUUACUUUACGGGGGGGGGGGGUUAGCUUUGGCUAAGCUAAUACGUGGUGUGCCGGGUGUCUCCUGUUAUAGAAGAUGUCAUGUUGUGCAGUUUGGAUUCUGGCAGCUCAGACUGUGAGAACAGAAGUCUUAUAAAAUGUAACACACAACAUAUUCACUUAUUAUACAGCAUAAAAAAUGAAAAUUGUACUCAGGAACUUCCUAAGCAAUAAAACCAUGAUUAUACCUGC